UUUACAAUCACAAUUAAUUGAGAGGCUUGGUUUCUCAAAUUGUGAGUGACUAAGCGAUAGAUAUAUACAUUUGGAUAGACAGAGUAAGAGUAAGAAUAAGUUAAUUACGAUCUUUCAUUGGGUUCUUAAGCCCGAACAUAAUGAGGUCUACUGUUAUAGGUGCUGCAUUCUUGAUUUUGCUCCUUGUGGACCUCGCAUUUGCUGCUAGGUCAUCCAAAGCUAUUGCCGGAGGAGCUGGAAGAGGAGGUGAUAGUAAUGGUAUUUUAGGGUCUGGUUCGGGAUAUGGUUCUGGAUAUGGUUCUGGGAGUGGCUAUGGAGGUGGAAGAGGAGGGUCUGGUGGUGGGGGAGGUGGGGGUGGAGGUGGAGGUGGUGGAGGGUCAACUGGUGGAUCAGGUUCUGGAUAUGGGUCGGGGUCUGGCUCUGGAUAUGGGUCUGGCAGCGGGGUAGGAGGUGGCGGAGGUGGAGGUGGUGGCGGUGGCGGUGGAGGUGGAGGUGGAGGUGGAGGCGGAGGCUCUGCAAUGGGAGGUGGGUCAGGGUAUGGAUCAGGAUACGGAAGUGGGUCUGGAUACGGAACUGGUGGUGGUAGAGGAGGAGGUGGUGGUGGAGGAGGAGGAGGUGGUGGCGGUGGCGGUGGCAAUGGUGCUGGCCAUGGUAGUGGCUCGGGGUACGGCUCUGGAUAUGGAGGUGGUGGAGAUGAUUACACACCAUGAAACAAGCGUUCUUGAUUCAGGUAGCAUUAUUCAAUAUUUGAAAUUUAUAAUUUUGGGAAUAAAAUUGCACCAUGCCUGCAUGCAUCUGCAUGGAUUAUUGGGUUGCACUUGUAGAAGUCUUAUGUGGCACAAGACAUCAUAUUACGUGUCACUAUUACUAUGGUAUCAAUUUUAAAUAAAAUUUACAUAAUGUU